AGCGCAUGCGCAGUGUUAAAGUUCGGCCAUCUUGGUCUGUCUCAGUGUGAAUUCUCCUCCAGUGAUAUUGUUUUUACUGAAAUCUGUGCUUUUCGGAAAUUCGGCCACGGUGGGAUACCAGUUAGCACGAAUUUGCAAGGCCAACCUGUAGCUCUUGAGUAUACGCUGUAAAGUGCAAGGUUUCCCCCAAAGGAGUGCAGAGUAAAAUAAAAAAGAUGUCAGAAACUGCUCUGAAGUUUGGCCCCGAGUGGCUGCGAGUUCUCUCUGAUGGUGGUAGUGUGUCCUCCCCUCCUCCCAGUCCUGGUCUUAACAAGUUUAAGCCGGCAGAGCAUCGAUACGGUCGUGAAGAGAUGCUGGUACUCUUCAACAAGCACCAGAGUCCACCGGAUGGGAUACACACAUUUGGGCAUCCUUAUGUGGAAAAGGCUCAGGAACCGCUGGCUCUAAUACCCAUGAAUGAAGAAGAACAGCGUAUGUGGCAGAGGGGAGUAAACAGUGACGCCGUGCUCCGUCAAAGUGGGCGGGCCCAAUCGAACGGAGCCGGUAGAGGUCGUGGUGGCAGCGUCGAUCGUGGUCGAGGUCGGGGUCGUGGUACGGGUUCAUAUUACACCCGUGGCCUCAGCUACGAUGAAGAAGCGGAGCCACGGGGCCCAAGAGAGGGAGGUCCACCGGGUAUUGGUAUUAGGAGUAAGCCAUUUGAAAGGUCCCAAAGUGUGCAUGAACAACGACCUUGGAGUGAACGAGGUCCUGCAAGCACAGUCAGUACGGGUGGCGUCCCAGAAGAACGUAAUGGAGCAGUGUCCCCACGGAAGGAGCAGGGGAGGGCUUCUACUGAAAAUUGGAGGUCACGAGGUGGUGAAAAUGAUGAAAGUGAGCGCUGGAGGGGAGCUGGGGGAAGCCGCAAUGAAAAAUGGGGACCGCGAUGUGGAUGGCGUGAACGUGAGAAUGGCCAGGAUGGGGAUUGGGAUGAUGGAUUGGGACGAGGGACUGGCCGGGGGGUCCCUGUCUCGUCCCGUACCUCUCGCCCACCCUGGGAUGAAAAAGAUGGCAAUCUGCGAAAGUCUUGGGAUGAAGAUAAUUUACCAGAGUGGGCUACAGAAAAUGCAGAUGAAAAGGGUGGAAGCUUUGAUGCAUCAGGUGCUUAUCAUGGUCCUGGUUGGUCAGACGAAGAUGACCCCACCAAUGAAGGUCGUAAUGGAGGACAGCGGAGACAGAAGUCAUCAAGCCCUGAUAAGGUUGCGAGAGAUGAUCAUGUUGUGGUAGAGAAUCCUGAGCCUGGUACUAGAGAGCCUGUGGCUGAACCAGAAGAGAUUAAAAAUAACGGUGUCGAGGUAGAAAAUCAACAGGGACAAUUGCCAUCAAAUGUGGUGGAUCCCAGUCAUGAUGUUCACACGCCUGGAAACACUAUACGAACUGAGGGAUCAGUGACCGAGGAAGUACAAGUACAACCAAGAGAGGAAGUUGCACCAAGUCCUAGUGACAGUACCACCACCACAAUGUCUUCGGGGCCAAUGAUGAAUGGUAUAGUCAGUGAGGAAGAGAGUAACAGCAGAGAAGUCAAAACACCACAAGAAUUCCAGGGAGGACCAGCCCCUGUCCCAGUACCACCACGAAGUAAAGAAGCAGCAGAACCAGGAUCCUUCCCCCCUGAAAGAGAACGUCAAGGAGAAGAAGAAAAACUGGAACACAUGCGUAGUGUUGCCGAUGACUUAGUGGCUAAAUUAGUAGAAGAGGAUGACCCAAGACCACAAUCAGGUCCUCCUAACCCUCGAGUUACACCCCCUGUUUCAAUGGGGUCCAUGCCAGAAUCCACACCACAUUCCACUCACCCCACUCACACCCCGGGUGAUGACAAGUGGUAUUACACAGAUCCUCAGGGAGAGAUACAAGGUCCUUUCACGUCAAGUGACAUGGCCGAGUGGUACAAGGCUGGAUACUUCACACCCAACCUGCUGCUUAGACGGGAUUGUGAUGACCAGUUUGCACAACUGGGAGACCUCACCAGAGUAUUUGGAAGAGUGCCAUUUGUACCAGGACCCCCUGUACCACCAAUCAAGGUGACUGAAUUAUUAACAGCACAAAAGCAGCAAGUUGAACGUGAAAGAUUAGAGUUGUUGCAAAAUUUUAUGAUUCAGAAGCAAGUUUAUCAUCAUCAGAUGGCCAUGGGCCGGCAGCAAGUGUUACAAAAACUUCAGAGUCUUGAUGAGUGGAGCUCCCUUAACCCCAUGCAGCAACAGCAGCUGUUUAUGCAGCAUAUGAUGGCUGUAAUUCCUGCCCACCCACCUAUAACCCAAACAGUGCCUCCCUCCACUGCCCCACCAACUGCCAUACCCUCGACCACCCAAGUGUCUGCACCCAUUCCUGACCCCAGAGUUGUGGCUGGGCCUGACCCUCGAGUUUUGCCUGGGCCAGUAGUACCACCAUCUUCUAAACCUCAGGACCCCAUACAAGCACUAGUAGCACAAAUGCAAACGUCCUCUGCUGCUAGUAGUACUCCCAUGACCAGCUCUUGUGAGGGGCUGUUGACCUCUCAGCUCACUGCAACAUCUAUGGCUGCAGAGAAUCCUUUACAAAAGUUGUUAGUUCAACUACAGAGGGGUCAACAGCCAAGUGGUAUGGGACCAAUGGGAGGGCCAGCAGGAGCCCUGGGAGCAGCAGUAACACCACCAACUGUACCCACAAUGGAGAAACCUCCUGAACAACAGUUUGAUGCCAUCCAGUCUCUUAUGCAACAGUUAUCAAAGAUGCAGACACCACCGACAUCAGAUCAAAUGCAGGAGGAAGUACGCCGACGAGAGGAAGAUCAGAAGCGAUUAGAAGAAGAGAGAAAGCGACUUGAGGAGCACAAGAGAGCAGAAGAGGAGAGGAUAAAGAUGGAGGAACUCAGAUUGAAAGAAGAACUUAAGCGGCAAGAAGAACAGAGAAGAAACCUUGAAGCUCUAAGACGCCAGCAUGAGGAAGAAACACAGAGGCUGGAGGAAGAGAGGCGGAAGAUAAGAGAGGAACAGCUAAGAAGACAGGAAGAAAUGAGAAGAAUUGAUGAGGAGAAGAUUAGGAAGGAGGAGGAAGAACAGCGAAAAAUCCAGGACCAACAAAGAACCGAGAUAAAGCGAAGACAGGAAGAACUAAUACGGCAGGAGGAGCUCAGGAGACAGCAACAACAACAGCAACAACUUCAGCAACAGCAACAACUCCAGCAGCAACAGAAACAGCAGGAGGAAGCAGCCAAAAGAAAGGAAGAAGCAAGGCGACAAGAGGAAGCCAGAAGACAGCAGGAGGAAGAGAGGAAGAGGCAGGAAGAGGAAAGAAGACGGGAGGAAGAAGAGGAAGAGGCCCGACAGCAAGCACAGAUUCAGGAAGAGAUGAGGAGGAUUGCCCUGGAGGAGGAACGGAGACACAUGCAGCAGUUGGAAGAGGAGGAACGGCAACGACAGGCUGAGGAAGAAGAUCGCCGGCAUCAACAUCUUCUCCAGGAACACUUAAAAAAUAUUCUGCCUGCUUGGAAUGCUGUGCCUCCAGUCCCAGCUCCUGAGGCAGCACCAGCACCAUCCCUUGCUGAUAUACAGAGGGCACAGGAAGAGAAGGAGAGAAGGGAGCGGGAGGUUGAACUGCAAGUACAACAGCAGAGGCAGAGAGAAGCUCAGCGGCAAGCUGCAGAAGAGGCACGGCAAAAGAACUCUGGCCUCAAGUGGGCAGCUAGGGCCCAGGCCAACCCAGCACCAGCCCAGCCUGUUAAGUCUCUCCUGGAAAUUCAGGCAGAGGAAGAAAAGGAACUCAAGAAGCGGCAGGAGAAGGAGGCAGCAGAACGUGCGGCUGCUGUUAGUCACAUGAGUUUAGGAGCAGCUGGUGUUUGGGGGUCAGCCAUAUCUAAUCUCUCAUGGGCCAGUCGUGCCUCUACUGCUGGGGCACCUCAGCCCAGUCAUUCUAGUCAACAGUGGGGUGGAGCUAAUGGUGGUCACACCUCAAGUGCAAGUAGUAGUUCUGGAGGUCUGUGGAACAGCAAUAGCCAACCUGCAGUAACUACAGCCAGUUCUGGUCAAUCGGUCUGGAACAAUGACCAUUCGACGAUUUGGAGUCAUUCUGAUAAUUCUGCACCCACAGGAGGGUUUUGGGAUAACCCUGAGCCAGUCAAGCUUAACAAACAGGCCAAUAGUCGCACCCCCACCAAGCCAUCUAAUCACAAUGCUAACAACAAGGGUGGAGGGGCACCAACCACCCAGAACUCUAAUGCUAACAACCGUGUAAACAAAAAGAAGGCAAAGGAUGACAGUGACACUGUGAAAAGAUUGUUCACUGACAACAUGUCUCCUGCAGACAAUUUCACUCAAUGGUGCAAAACUUCACUACACACCUUGAAGGUCCAUGCUUCUAUUGACAUUCCAACAUUUGUGACGUUCCUGGCAGAAGUAGAGUCUCCUUACGAAGUCCACGACUAUAUCCGUUCAUAUCUUGGUGACAGUAAAGAAGUGAAAGAGUUUGCAAAGCAAUACCUCGAACGGCGAAGUAAAGCCCGCAAUGCCCAAAAGGAACGUGAAGUGGAAGAUGACAUCUUGGCGCCGGCGCCAGCUGUCAAUCCCACAAACUCUGAAUUCCAAGAGGUCAAGCAGGCUCGUAGCAAGAAGGCCAGUAAGAAAAAGAUGCAGAAAGUAGACAGUAGUAUUCUAGGAUUCAGUGUCAUGUCCAAUGAACGCAUCAACGUGGGAGAGCGGGAAUAUGCAGAGUGAACUCCGUGGUCACCAUUGAACACAAUUAUUGUCACAACUACUAGUGAACUCCAGAAAUUGAACCUACACUUGAGCAAUUAAGUGAUGAUGAAGCUUUUCAGUGUAAAAGUGUGUGGCUUGUGACUGUGGCUGUGUUUUAUAAAAAUAAAUUGCCUUUGCCAACAAAUUUUCAAUAACAAUCACUUCUCAAACUUUCACUUUUAAAAUUAAUUCAUUAUUUUGGUUUUAAAAUUGGAAAUAAGUGUUCUGCUCGUUCUUCCCUUCCUUGCUCAUUGCCUAGUCUUCUCGUAAGGUCAUCCUAUCUGUCUGUUUGUCUGUCAUUUAACCAUGAAUUUUGUAAACACAGCCAAAUCAAGAUUUAAAAUGAAUAUGCAGUGGGAUAAGUAUUGAGUGUGCGUUUCAAAAUAAGCCAAAUUCUUCAUGUGAUAACUGUGGUGCAAAAUUGGAAACAAAAAUCUUUGAAUUGGUGUGAUUGUUUUUGUCAGCAGUUAAAUUGGUUGGCAUUGACCCCUGUUAUUAUAGGAGGGAACACAGGGAGCAGAGUACCAAACAACUAUGGUAAUUGCCUUAGUAUCUGUGGAAAUUCAGGAUCUUGUGGACACUGCAGGAUCUAUGUUAUAUUAUACAGUACAUCAAGACAAUGAAUGACAUUAUGCUGGGAGAAUACAGUAUAUUAACAGACUGCUGGCCUUGAAAAUUGUGAAGUCUGUUUCAUGUGUGGUAGGUACAUUGAUAAUGAACCAACAAGUAUGGUAGGUACAUGAAUAAUGAACCAACAAGUAUGGUAGGUACAUGAAUAAUGAACCAACAAGUAUGGUAGGUACAUUAGUAAUGAACCAACAAGUAUGGUAGGUACAUUAGUAAUGAACCAACAUGUACAGUUGAUGAUGCAUGGACAUGUAUGUUGAAACUGUUCCAGCAUGCAUGGCUGGUCCGUUGAAAAUGCUCCUCUUCCUUACUUGUGCAUAAUAUCCUGCCACUGUAAUUUGAUAAUGUGUAAGGUUGAAUUUUAUCUGUGAUAAUGACCUGCUUGCAAAUUUAUGUGUAAUCUGGGGUCAAAAUAAUAAUAAAAAGAAAUUGCAGCUUGGCAUGUUGUGAAAACAGUUGUGCUCUCUUGUCACAAUGUCCCAUUUUAAAAUACCUCACAUAUUUGGGUUCAUGCACAUCGUCAUUCUCCUCACAUAGGCAUGAAUUCCAAAUACUUAUCAUCCAUCUUCAUAAUUACCAUUUCAUUGUUCAUAUAUUGAAUAGGGCUUUUAGCUUCAUGGUCUUCUGCUUCCAAGGCUAGAAAUACUUUUUAUUUAUUAUUAUAUUGGCAGUAAUUAUGACCUAGGAAGUAGUUCAUUCACUGAAGUACCAGAAGAAGCUUUGCACUAAAAUCAUUUGAUGUACUUAAAAAAUUCACAUAUGAUAAGCUAUAUUUUGUUAACUAAAGGAGUUACUGUAAUGUGUGUGCUAAUACAUCAAUAAUUAAUUCUUUUCUUUUUCUUAAUACUUCAAUUCAAGGAAUAUUUCCAUAAAAGUAUAAUUGAACUAGAAUAUGGAUUGUUAUAAAUGCCAUUUCAUAUUUCUUGUGCCCUUUUCUGUGUCCAUCUAGUAUUAUAUUUCUCCUUAUUUACAUACAUGUUAUAUACUGUAUUCUGCUUGGUUCUUUUCCCCUUUCUCCAAAUUUUCUUUCUUUAUUUUGGUUCUACAAUAUUUGCACCAUGAACCAUGAUAAGGAAUGCCGUUAUUUACGUGCAUUUUCUCCCAUUUGAUAGUUAACCUGGUGGAAAUUAUUCAUAUUUAGUUAUUGGUACAACAAAGCCUUUGGCCUUAUUCACUUUUUGAAAACUGUUGUGUCAAAUAUCAUUUAUUUCUAAUGUGUGCUCUUUGUUGCGGGAAUACUCAUGACGUUUAUUAUAAUUCCCAAGAGAGAAGUCGAUCCUAAGGCUUAUGAUCCAUUAAUUUUAUUUCAGUUUUAAGGAUACACAUAGAUUCUGUCAACUUUCUAACAUUCUAGAAAGUAGAUUACUUUUUGGACUUUAAUUUAGUAUAAAUGUACUAGAUGAACAUAGCUUUGGGUACAUGUAGUCAUGGUACAGUAUGUAGUGGUUGAUGUGUGGUUAAGCCAGGCAUAUGCCUUAACUUUGCUACAAACUAACAGUGGUGUAAGGGGGCCAGUUAGUGUUGACAGCUUUAUUGAUAUCAUCUCCAUAUCCUUUGAAUGCACUCUCUUGAUCAGGUCUAGAAAACAUCCACCUUUGUGUACAAUUUUGUUUUCCAAGCAAUAUCAUCAGGAUCUUGUAUGACUAAAUUGAAAAGGUUAUUACAGUACAGUAUCAAUUAUUGUUUUUACUAUUUGAAUUCUUAUCAACAAUACAAUAGCAGUUGCAGUCAAGUGGAGAAAUCUUCAAGUUAAUAAAUCUGACCUUUAUUCUAGAAAGGAGUCAAAGAAAUUCUGCUAUCAGAGAUGUGCAGCCAUGAAGGUGUUUGAGAAUUUUACUUGUAAGAUCCACCUUUAAAUACAGGAAGUGGUACAUUCAUCUUAAGAAAUAGGAAAAUAACUGUGUGUGCAUGUUACUAACUACUCUUGAUCUAGUAGCAUGUAAUUAUGCUUCAAACUAGGUGAACUAAAAACUCUUAUUCUUUUUGAAACAAAGGAAUUUAAAAAAAAAAUUUUGUUCCUGGAGAAAGAUAUUUGAAAAAUUAUGAAGAUCUUUUCAAGAACAGUCAUUGUGUACAUAAUAUGGUAUCAGCAUCACAGAGGAGAUACAGUGUUAACAAGGUGUUAUAUUUCCUUAACAUGAUGGUGUUGAUGACCCUCCCUCUGGUAAUAUACUGUAACCUUACAUGUUCCAAGUUCUCAGGAGAGUUAGGGUAUGCAAAUGAACAGGAAAACUGUC